GAAGCGCUGCGUCACCAAGACCUUGAGACAAGACCGCAGGCUUGUCUUUAGUCGGCUUCUCAUCUUCCACCUCUCAUUCUGACUGAAAGAAUUGUUUGGUUUCUAUGUUAGUCGUUUCAAGAAUACAAGCCAAAGUGCAGCUUUAGGACGGUUACGUGCUCCGCAGCGUCAGACCAAACUAAUCGCACAGGACACACUCAGCAGCCCAGACUUGAGAAAGCGAACACCGAUCCAGCAAACAUGGCAGAUGAUAAGGAUCCUCUGAAACAGUUGAAAGACUUGAGCAAGCUGAAAAGUCAGCUGGAGGAGAUACAGAGACGCGUUGAAAGUGAAAUAUCUGUUGGAGUUCCCCAGGGUAGCUCUGUUUUUGGAUCUCCGUUCCUGAAGGGAUUCCUGGCUGGAUAUUUGGUGGCCAAACUUCGCUCUUCUGCCAUCCUGGGAGUUCUGCUGGGAGCAGUCACUGGCGUCUACGCUGCGCAGAACUACGACGUCCCCAACAUUGAAAGGACUGUGAGAGAGUAUACGAGCAAUUUGAAAAAAGGACCAAGAUAACUC